AAGGAUGUUAUGGCUUGGCUUGCACGACCUAACAACGCAGCUUGGCUACUUAUCUUCGACAACGUCGACCGAGAGUAUACGGCCCAAGGGGGAGACCCUGAUGCGUACGACAUGAAGCGCUACCUGUCAGGCGCAGACCACGGGUCGGUGCUGGUGACGACUCGACUAGCACGGCUAGAGCAGCUGGGCGAGUCGCAGCAGCUAGGCAAAGUGUCUAAGGAGCAGGGAAAGGCUAUCUUGAAGAGCUGGUACAAGAAUGAGUAUGAUGCUGCCGAGAACGAGCAGCUGCUAGCGCUGCUAGAUGGCCUUCCACUUGCUAUUGCGCAUGCAGGCGCGUACCUGCAGGAAAGCGGAGUAGGACUGGCGACAUACCUGAGGUUCUACGAGCAACAAUGGAGCGAGCUGAUGGCGUCGGAUCUAGCCGAUGUGCCACUCCAGGACUACCCCGAGCGCAGUGUAUGGACAACAUGGGCUAUCUCGUAUCAGGCGAUCCGCGACAAGCACGAAGCCACGGCCAACCUGCUGCUAUUGUGGUCGUUUCUGGAUAACAAAGACUUGUGGUAUGGCUUGUUUGCCGCAGCAAGUAGUAAGUCUGCUAUAGUCGCGAAGAUGCUAUUAGGGUGGGUCGGAGACAUUGCGAGCAGCGAGCUCAAGUUUAGCAGAGCGAUGCAACUGCUGCGCAGCUACUCGCUGGUCGAAGUGGCGGCAGAGACGACAGGGACAACGAGCUAUGCAACACAUCCAGUAGUACACCAGUGGGCGCAUCACUCGCGAGGCAAGUACUUCGCAGCGGAGCUUAGUCGGCUGGCAACAGCUGCUGUUGGUUGGGCAGUACCAGAAAGCUCUUCUCGGAACUACGCUGCCCUGCAACGACGACUUCUUCCACACGCGCAGACGUGCUUUAGCCAGAUAGCUAGGAGCGAGGCAGUUUGGUAUAGAAGAGCUGAGGGAGGCAGUGAUGGAGACGUUAACGAGGGCAAAGAGCGUAAGACUAUUCUCUAUGCUAUCCAUCUCCUGGGCGACCUCUACGCGGACCAAGGCAAGCUGGGC